AUGACUGUUCGAUUACUCACGCUCGCCGAUGGUACACACCUUCGACAUAGGCCACUCCCACAGAUGUCAUUACGUAGUGACUAUGUUUUCCUAUUCACUCAUCGCUCACUACACAAUCCCAGAUAUGAGCUGAUGCGGCAUAGACAAGAGGGAACUUCUGCUGCAUUGACGUAUCGCAUGACGUACCUCGCUUCCUAUCCUGGAAUAGAUAUUCGUCUACUAGGAUGA